CGCACCGCCCCCUCUCUGUCACUCCCAAGAUGGCGGACCUACUGGGCUCCAUCCUGAGCUCCAUGGAAAAGCCACCCAGCCUCGGUGACCAGGAGACUCGGCGCAGGGCCCGAGAGCAGGCUGCCCGCCUGAAGAAACUACAGGAGCAAGAGAAACAACAGAAAGUGGAGUUUCGUAAAAGGAUGGAGAAAGAGGUGUCAGAUUUCAUCCAAGACAGUGGGCAGAUCAAGAAAAAGUUUCAGCCGAUGAACAAGAUAGAGAGGAGCAUACUACACGAUGUGGUGGAGGUGGCUGGCCUCACAUCCUUCUCGUUCGGGGAAGACGAUGAAUGUCGCUAUGUCAUGAUCUUCAAAAAGGAGUUUGCACCCUCAGAUGAAGAGCUGGACUCCUACCGCCGUGGAGAGGAGUGGGACCCACAGAAGGCUGAGGAGAAGCGGAAGCUGAAGGAGCUGGCUCAGCGGCAGGAAGAGGAGGCAGCUCAGCAGGGACCUGUGGUAGUGAGCCCCACCAGCGACUACAAGGACAAGUACAGCCACCUCAUCGGCAAGGGGGCAGCCAAGGAUGCGGCCCAUAUGCUGCAGGCCAACAAGACCUAUGGCUGUGUGCCCGUGGCCAACAAGAGGGACACACGCUCCAUUGAAGAGGCCAUGAAUGAGAUCCGAGCCAAGAAGCGUCUGCGGCAGAGCGGGGAAGAGUUGCCACCUACCUCCUAAGCACCCCAGCUCCCUGGGGCGGGGCGGGGGGCAGGGAGGGACAAGGCUGCUGCUAUUAGAACCCAUUCUGGAGCCCCACCUCUGAACCACCUCCUAACAGCCAUCACAUAGGCUGGAGGAAGCAGGUGUUUGAUUUGUCACUGUUAGAGUUUGGAUGUGUAUGUGUGUGUGCAAGAGAGUGUGAAUGCCCAGGUGGGUAUUUAAUCUGUAUUGUUCUCUGUUCUCCUUGGAACUUUCUUCCCCAUGGGGCUGGGGUUACUCUACAUUCAAUAAACACUGUUUGACCCAA